AUGAGCCGCCAGUUUAGUUCGCAGUCGGCGUUCAGCUCCCGGAGCAGGCGGGGUUGCAGCUCUGGCUUCUCUGCAGCCUCUGGUGGCGGGAGUCGGGCUGCGAGGUUUGUGUGUCACGGCCAAGGGCGGUGGGGUGGUGGGGGCUCUGCAAGGGGGUUUACCUCGAGGAGCCUCUACAACCUCGGUGGCAGCAAAAGCAUCUCCAUGAACCUCGUGGGCAGAAACGCCAGUGGUUUUCGCCAGGGCGGGGUCUUUGCAGGGAUCCGAAAUUUUGGGGGUGGCAGCUUUGGAGGCGGUGGCUAUGGAGGAGGCGGUUUUAGGGGCUUUGGGUUUGGCGGUAUCAAUUUUGGGAGCUUUGGUCCUAUGUGUCCCCCCGGGGGCAUCCAAGAGGUGACCAUUAACCAGAGCCUCCUACAACCACUUCACCUGGAGGUGGACCCUGAAAUUCAGAGGGUCAAGACUCAGGAGCGGGAGCAGAUCAUGGUUCUUAACAACAAAUUCGCCUCCUUCAUUGACAAGGUGCGGUUCCUGGAGCAGCAGAACCAGGUGCUGCAAACGAAGUGGGAGCUGCUGCAGCAGGUGGACACCUCGACUCGGACCAACAACCUGGAGCCCAUCUUGGAGAGCUACAUCAACGAGCUGCGGAAGCAGGUGGAUUUUCUCAGCGCUGAGCAGAUGCGCCAGAACACGGAGGUCAAGAGCAUGCAGGAUGUCGUGGAGGACUACAAGAGCAAAUAUGAGGACGAAAUUAACCGGAGGACCAACACUGAGAAUGACUUUGUCAUCCUGAAGAAGGAUGUAGAUGCCGCCUACAUGAGCAAAGCGGACCUGCAGUCCAAGGUGGACACUCUGUCUGGGGAGAUCAAUUUCCUGAAAUAUUUGUUUGAUGUGGAGCUGUCCCAGAUACAGACCCACAUCAGCGACACCAAUGUCAUCCUGUCCAUGGACAAUAACCGUGUCCUGGACCUGGACAGCAUCAUCGACGCAGUGCGGAUCCAGUAUGAGCUGAUUGCACAGAGGAGCAAGGACGAGGCCGAGGCGCUGUACCAGACCAAGUACCAGGAGCUCCAGAUCACAGCGGGGAGACACGGAGAUGAGCUGAAGAACAGUAAGAUGGAGAUUGCCGAGCUCAACCGCACCAUCCAGAGGCUGCAGGCGGAGAUCGGCAAUGUCAAAAAGCAGAUCGACCAGAUGCAUGGGGCCAUUUCUGAUGCAGAGGAGAGAGGAGAGCGGGCUCUCCAGGACGCGAAGCAGAAGCUGCAGGACAUGGAGGAGGCGCUGCAGGGCUCCAAGGAGGAUCUGGCCCGGCUGCUGCGUGACUACCAGGCACUGCUGGGAGCCAAGCUAUCCCUGGACGUGGAGAUCGCCACCUACCGCAAGCUGCUGGAGGGCGAGGAGUGCAGGAUGUCUGGAGAGCUGCAGAACCGCGUGAGCAUCUGUGAGUAG